AAACAACACUGAAAUAUGUGGUCACAGGGUUGUGAAAAAGCAACUGCCAGCUGUAGUCAUGUUUAUUCACUACUUACCAGAAUAAAUGGGAUUGUUUCUGAUUUGUACACAGAACACGAAAGAGUCAUUCAGUUGAGAGGGAAUCUCAAAGCAGUUGGACACACUGAAGCAAGGACCUCUUCAUUAUUCAAGAGUAAAAUGUAUAGGCCAAGAUCAAUGCUAUCGCCGUCGAGAUUCUUCAAUCCCUUUGCAGUAGCUUUAAUUGUCAUUACAGCGGUAGGGCUCCUGGCCAUGAUGGCAGGCCUACUUAUUCACUUUUUAGCUUUUGACAAGAAAGCUUACUUCUAUCAUAGCAACUUCCAAAUCCUAAAUGUUGAAUAUACUGAAGCUUUAGCCUCACCAGCUACUUAUGAAUACAGAACCUUGAGUGAAAGAAUCGAGGCUAUGAUUACUGAUGCAUUUCGAGGAUCAAAUCUAAGAAGUGAGUUUAUCAGGACACAUGUUGUCAAACUGAAGAAAGAAGGAAGUGGUGUGGUCGCGGAUGUUGUCAUGAAAUUUCGAUCUAGUAAACGUAACAACAAAAGUGCAAUGAAAACUAGAAUACAAUCUGUGCUACAAAGGCUCAGCAGCUCUGGAAACUUGGAAAUAUCCCCUUUGAAUGAGAUAACAUCACUCACUGACCAGGAUACAGAAAAUGUUUUGACUCAAGAAUGUGGAGCACGUCCAGACCUUAUCACACUGUCAGAAGAGAGGAUUAUUGGAGGCACUCAAGCUGAGACAGGUGACUGGCCCUGGCAAGUCAGUCUACAGCUCAGUAAUGUCCACCACUGUGGAGGUGCCCUGAUCAGUAACUCGUGGGUCCUGACAGCAGCUCAUUGCUUCAGAAGCUACCCUAAUCCUCAACAAUGGACAGCCACCUUUGGGGUCUCUACAAUAAGCCCUAGGCUGAGAGUGAGAGUCAGAGCUAUUUUAGCCCAUGAGGGUUACAGCUCCAUAACUCGGGACAAUGACAUCGCAGUUGUACAACUUGACAGAUCUGUGGCAUUUUCCAGAAAUAUCCAUAGGGUAUGUCUCCCAGCAGCAACCCAAAAUAUCAUCCCUGGAUCUGUCGCGUAUGUCACGGGAUGGGGAUCUCUUACUUACGGAGGCAGCACAGUCGCAAAUCUACAGCAAGGAGAGGUCAGAAUAAUAAGUUCGGAGGAAUGCAAUGAGCAGGCUGGUUAUGGUGGAAGUGUCCUGCCGGGAAUGCUCUGUGCAGGAGUGCAGUCAGGGGCGGUGGAUGCAUGCCAGGGUGAUUCUGGUGGCCCGCUAGUACAAGAAGACUCCAGGCGGCUUUGGUUUGUUGUGGGCAUUGUGAGCUGGGGAUAUCAGUGUGGCCUGCCAAAUAAGCCAGGAGUGUAUACUCGAGUGACGGCCUACCGCAACUGGAUUAGACAGCAGACGGGAAUCUAGAGCAAGCGAGGGAAACCGUGCCGUGAAAUCUGUAUCCACGUGUGCCUGACUCAGACGCCAUAGCCUCACAUUUCAGCUGCGAAGGAAUCUGGAAACAUCCCAUCGGAACAUCCCAUUACAUAAAUAUAGUUUAACUGUUUAGUAUUUCUUCGGCGGUAUGGAUUUCUUGAGGAAAAAAAAACAUGAACAUGUUGCUAAGUAAGAGAGGAAAUCUGUUAGGCUAGUAAUGGGGUUAAGAAUUUUAUUACAGGGGUGGUAAGGUGUAGUAAAGAGAGAAAUUGGGUAUGUUAAGUCAAUAUUUUACAGAAAAUGGUAGUCCUGAUGUUAAAUAUAUGAGGCCACUGAAUAAAUAGUGUAAGAACUCUAGCCAUCUCAAGUGUGUGACAUUCCCAAACAAGUCUCCCAGGAUGUUCUUAUGUAUUGAACAAACAAGCUAAAAUCGUUUUUAGGGAGACUGAGAAACACUUACAAAUAGUUUUAAUAGUGAAAUUUCAGUGUAAAUAUUUUCUCUCUAUAGAAAAUACCUAACUCCUCCAUGGAGAAGCUGAGGUGAUAAGUCCACACAACCUUCUCAGCUAUAUUUGCAACCACAAGAUUCAUUGGAAGGAAAUCCAUACUACAAACUUCCUGCUGUUGGCAUUAUUUUUAAAGUAACAGGGCGCUCAAUAGCAAAAUUUAAGAAAAUUAAAAGUUAAUGAUAAGGAGAGGUAAAAAAGCUGGUUUGCAAAGACAAGAUUAAAGACAUUAAUAUCAAUAAAUCUGGAGACAAAAGAUCUCAGGUUCAUAUUCUCUGUGUUUCUUUGGGUGUCUCUCUCUCCCGUGUGUCUCUCUCACAUACACACACACACACACACACACACACACACACACACACACACAUUCUCUCUGUGUAUCUCUCUGUCUCUCUAUGUAUCUUUAAGUCUCCAUCUCUCUUUGUCUCUUUCUGACUCACACAGACACACACACACACAACCACUAUCAGCAAAAAUACAAAUUAAAAAGAAUCAAUUAAAAUCUAAUGUGACUUCAAUCUAUAAAACUUGGGUCCCAAAUGGUUCAAGUUUUUAUGGGAUCCCAGUGGAGCUAAGGCUUGGCUGUGCAUGGGCACCUGUGUGUCACGGCUUCCAUCUAAAAGCCAACUCCUUCUUCUUAAAGAUAAGAGAGGUUAAAGACAUCACAAUGAAAUCUUUUUGCUCCUCAUAGAGCAAAACUGUGAGACCUGGAUUAAAUCAAAUUCCUUCAACAGAAAAGGAUUUGAAAAUGUAACCCACUCUUGGAAAGAUGUAUACACAAAUCUUUGGCCCAUUUUCUUUCAAAUAAACUCUUUUAUAAUC